GAGAGGAGGGCACGAAAGCAUGUCCUUGAACGAGCUGCGCGACGCCUGGCGGGCCAACGACUGGGGCGACGCGGCCAUGGACACGAAGCAGGCAGCCCCCCUCGCUCAACAUCCGCCGCACCGGCGCAGCCGCAAGAGAUGGGACAUGAUCCUGAAUGGGAUGCCCGAGGACGUGUUGUGCCGCACGCUCGGUUUAUUGCUGUUUGAAAGUAGUGACGCUCCCACCGACGAAGAUGGGGUGAAGGCGCCGCCUCCACCUCUCCUGCCGCAGUCGCCGGCGGCGGCCGCGCUCGGUCUCCCGGAGCACGCGGAUCUGGCCAAAUUAAGAGAGCGGGCCGCCGUCGCCAGUCGUUUAGCGGUCGUCUCCAAACCCUGGCAGCGGCUGAUGAAGGCGACGGGCGCCUUCGCUUCCCUUGUACUAAGGCACGACCGGCUCGUCGAUACGUUUGACACUCGGGUCGUGAUGGGAGGGGUACACAGGGAAGGCGCCGACAACGCCCUGAAGGCCCUGACGGCGUCGUGCCAGCGCGUCUGGUUCCGCGACGACGGGAGCGGCGCGUUCCGGAAAGGGGCCCAGUUCGACCGCUGGCUCUGGGACGACGUCUUGCCCCUGGCUUCUUGUGUUUCAUUGAGAUGCUGCGGCUGUCCUGCUUUAGAUCGAUUGGCGUUUCGGAACGUCGUGACUUUGGAUCUCGGGUUCUCGGACGUCGACGAUAGCUCCCUAGGCCACAUCGGCGCGUCCUCGAAGCACACGUUACGGCGCUUGGCCUUGCCGAUGUGCCAUCGAGUGGGUAGCGAGGGCGCGGGCAAAUUGGCCGGUGCUGGUUUUAGCAAACUAGAGAGAUUGGACAUAUCUGGUUGUAGACUAUCUGCGGGUGAUGUGGCUGUCUUAGUCGCAUCAUUGAGAUCUUCUCUGCGUUCCUUGGACCUGUCCCAAUGUCGACCGGACGACCUGCCGCCGCGACCAUUACCAGCACACAUGGAGGAGAGCUACUCGUACGGCGCGGCUGUAAGUGGAGACAUAACCGACGAUCGGUUGGAGCACUUCGCGACGGAAUGCGGGUUGACGGUCGUGCGAGGAGAUGCGACGAUGACCGUUCACGAGCCGGUGCCUUUAGCCUUAGCUUUUGACCCCUGCUGCGUCGCGGACUGCGUGUCGCUGGCUUCUACCAAACAACCUUCUACCUUAAUAAGUGUGGGCCCCGGCCGCGUGCAGCUCAUCAACAAUGGGCCGCGCUUCGUUCUAUCCGCAGUGGCCGUUGAUUUUGGAGGGUCUUUCCACAAAAACAGGGCAUCUGCAGCCUUGGCCAUCGCGGACGCCCACGCUUCUACAUUAAGACGGUGCCGCUUCCACCGCUUGUGUGCGAAAGGCACCGUGCCCGAACCUGUGGAUGCGGACGUCGUGGCGCGAACCGUGUUCUGUGGCAUGCCCUGUCUGGUCGACGCGGGCUUCGGGCAUUGUGGUUUAACCGAUGUGGGGUUGGAUUUACUUGGUGGUGCGUGGCGGUCUGGCAGUCUGCACGCUCUGGUCGAGUUGGACUUACAACGGUCUCGGGUGUCGUCGGCAGGCCUGGUCGCUUUAUGUGAUCAGCUCCCCUCCUCACUCAAGUUGAGGAGGUUGGACGUCAGUCGCUGUAGAAUAGACGACGCCGCCAUGAUCGCGAUCUUCCGCGCCGGCUUCGAUUCAUUAAGGAUCCUCCACGCCGACGAGAUCCCGCCUUUGACCGAUAAUAUGUUGGAGCCGUUGAGGGCUCCAACCUGCUGCCCGGCGUUAGUUGCUCUACACUUACGAGGUGUCAAGCACCACGGCCGCAUCACGCAACAUGGGGUGGACGACGUGUUGGUUGCGCGGGGCCUGCCGCCCAUGGACCGGCGCGGGCCAGGGUUGCCGGGGUUGCGGGGCGGCGGUCUGGAGAUCCUGGGGGCCUUUGCUACCGGAAAAACUCCCGCGCGGCGGCCCGCGCCGCGGUUGCCGCGGCACUCGACGGCGUUCCGGGGGCUGCAGGACUACCUCUGAGUAACUUUAUUGAAAUUU